CGCCUCUCAACCACCAUACCACACACCGCUUCCAACAUCCGUUCUCCCGUAGAUCGCACCUCGCCCCGGCCUUCAUCCUUGCCUUUCCGUCCCGAUCUCCAAGCACAGCUGGCAGAGACGUGAAAUCACCCAUCAGCGCGCCCUUCUCUGCGCUAGCAUUUGCACUUGCACUUGCGGACCUCACGCCACGCGGCAGAGAGCUCGAGAUGGACGACUACGACGAGUUUGGAAAUUAUAUCGGAGCGCUUUCUGACUCUGACGACGACGCUUCGUCUUACGGGGGAGGCGAGGCGGCUGUCGGUGCCGGUGCCGGCGCGAGCGCAGGGGGAAGGUAUGGCCAAGGAGAUUCACCUGCUCCAUUAGCCGGCUUCGACGAUGAGGAUGAGGAGGCAAUGGACGAAGAUGAUACGGGCGCAGGUGCGAGCGGUGCACUGAUGAGGAUCGACGAGUCAGCGAGCAACGCAGUGGUGCUGCACGAAGACAAAAAGUACUACCCUUCCGCCAACGAAGUGUACGGCGAAGAUGUGGAAGCGUUGGUGCAAGAAGAAGAUACUCAACCCCUCACUCAACCCAUCGUAGAACCGGUCAAAGUGCGGAAAUUCAACAUAGAGGAGAAAGGUUUGCCGCAGACGCGGUUCGAGAGGGAAUUCAUGAUGAACCUCAUGAAUUUCCCUGAAAUGGUCAGAAACGUCGUCGUGGCGGGUCACCUGCACCACGGCAAGACUAGCUUGCUGGACAUGCUUGUACAGCAGACUCAUGUUAUGCCGAUCGACACGGACAGGCAGGAACGCUAUACGGACAUCUCCGAGCUGUCAAGAUCGCGUGGCAUCUCGCUCAAGUCCGCUCCUCUGUCCCUCGUGCUGCCUACAACCCGCGGCAAGUCGCAUCUGGUCAAUCUGCUAGACACGCCAGGUCACCCCAACUUUCUGGACGAGGUGGCUGCCAGCACCAGAGCUGCGGAUGGCGUGGUCCUCGUCGUGGAUGUCAUUGAAGGUGUUAUGAUAGGCGCUGAAAAAAUUAUUGAGCACGCGAUCCGCGAUGGGUUACCCAUUGUCCUCGUCCUCAACAAGCUGGACCGCCUCAUCUUGGAACUUCGUUUGCCUCCCAGCGAAGCGUACUUCAAGAUUCGUCAUUCCAUCGAAGAGGUGAACAAUGUGAUCGCCCGCUUUGACAAGAACCCAGCUCGCCGUCUAGGACCCGAGCGCGGCAACGUAGCUUUUGCGAGCACGCAGACGGGUUGGUGCUUCACCUUGCGGAGUUUUGCCAAGCUGUAUUCUGACAAGGUGGAUGUCGAAGAGUUUGCCAAGCGCCUUUGGGGCAACAUUUACUACUCCCCCGAGAGUCGCAAUUUCAGUCGAAGAGCGGCAGAUCCGGAGAGCAAGAGGAGUUUCGUGCACUUCAUCUUGGAACCCAUCUACAAGAUGUACACGCAGGUACUCUCUUGCGACUCGGACGACCUCAAGAGGACGUUGGCUGGGUUGGGAAUCUUCUUCAAGCCGGCAGUGUACAAGAUGGACGUGAGACCGCUGCUCAGACUCGUGCUCAACACAUUCUUUGGCAACGCCACGGGCUUGACGGACAUCAUCGUCGACAACGUUCCCAGCCCUCUGGACGCUGCUAAAAGUAAGAUAGAUCGUAUUUGGGUCGGACCUCGCGAAGGACCUCUGUACGAAGGCAUGACCACUUGCAACGCCGACGGUCCUCUCGUCGUGGCGGUGUCGAAGUUGUACUCCACGACGGACGCGCAGGGUUUUCGAGCGUUUGGCAGGGUGUUGAGCGGCACCGUGCGCAAGGGAGAUAGGGUGAGGGUGUUGGGUGAAGGGUUCAGCCAAGACGAUGAUGAGGAUAUGGCUCUAGCUACCGUCGAGAAUGUGUGGGUGAGCGAAACGCGGUAUGCUGUGGAAGCCGAAGGCAUACCGGCUGGAUGCUGGGCUUUACUUGGAGGCGUGGACUCGAGCAUCACCAAGACGGCUACGAUAGUGGGAGCCGAAGUACCCCUUGAAGACCUUCACAUCAUCGCUCCGAUCUCGCACAUCACUCGCUCCAUUCUCAAAAUUGCCAUUGAGCCCCUCGUACCUUCCGAGCUGCCGAAGAUGCUCGAGGGAUUGAGAAAGGUCAACAAGAGCUAUCCUUUGGCGAUCACCAAGGUGGAAGAGAGCGGAGAACAUAUCGUGCUUGGAACGGGAGAGCUGUACCUCGAUUGCAUCCUGCACGACUUGAGAAAGUUGUAUGCGGAGAUGGAAAUCAAGGUCAGCGAUCCCGUUGUGCGCUUUGCCGAAACGGUGAUCGAGACGAGCGCCGUCAAGUGCUAUGCGGUCACGCCCAACAAAAAGAACAAGAUCACGGUGAUUGCUGAGCCCCUCGACAAGGGUUUGGCAGAGGACAUUGAACAAGGUCGGAUCAACAUACGGAUGCCUCCGAAAGAGCUAGGCAAAUAUCUGCAGCAGCAAUACGACUGGGAUUUGCUGGCAUCUCGAUCUGUCUGGGCCUUUGGUCCUGAGGACAAUGGUCCGAACAUACUUGUGGACGAUACCUUGCCAGACGAAGUGGACAAGAAGCAAUUGUACAGUAUUCGGGAGUCUAUUCGGCAAGGUUUCCAGUGGGGUACUAGGGAAGGACCGCUGGCAGAUGAGCCCAUCAGGAACGUCAAGUUCAGAAUCCUUCACGCCGAGAUCGCACCAGAGGCUAUACAUCGAGGAGGAGGACAAGUCAUCCCUACAGCUCGAAGGGUAUGCUACGCCGCCCUGCUGCUCGCCACUCCUCGUCUGAUGGAGCCCAUCUGCUACGUGGAAGUGCAAGCUCCAGUGGAUUGCGUCGCGGCGGUAUACACGGUCUUGGCGCGCAGGAGAGGUCACGUGACUCAAGAUGUUCCCAAACCUGGCUCGCCACUCGUCACUGUCAAGGCCUUCAUCCCCGUCUUGGACGCCAACGGUUUCGAGACGGACCUCAGAACGCAGACGCAAGGUCAAGCAUUCUGUCUACAAAUCUUUAGCCAUUACGCCGUCCUACCGGGCGACCCCUUGGAUAAAACAGUCUCCCUCAGAGCCCUCGAGCCUGCCCGAGCCCUGGAAUUGGCCAGAGACGUGUGUCUGAAGGUGCGAAGAAGAAAGGGCCUCAACGAUAAUGUUAGCAUCGCCUCUUACCUCGAUCAAGACCUCGUCGUUGCGCUUUCCGCCGGAGGCUACGAUUUGAGUUGAAGGGGCGGGGAGAGGGGACAGCGUGCGCAAUCAGAUGAGCCCCGCUUUGCUUAUCGUGUG